GGUCUAUCUAUCUACAGAUCAAAGAAGAUAGGCCGGAGGAAAUCAGUGAAUCAACGGCGCCAGAGAGAGAGGGAGCAAAAGGGGAGGGAGCUGAAAUCGACGGAAGCAGAAGGGAAGAUGCUGGGAAUGGCAGGGGCGGGGAUUGAAUCCCAGCCGUGGACUCUAUUAUCCGUUAUCAGACGAGGUGGAGAUGCCAGGCGGCUGUUCAUCUUGAUUCUACUCAAUGCCACCUAUUCGUCCGCGGAGCUGCUAAUCGGCCUCGGCACCGGUCAGAUAGGGCUGGUCUCUGAUUCGUUCCAUCUGACGUUUGGAUGCUGCAUUCUUCUUUUGUCAUUAUUUGCUAUGGCUCAGUCAAGACAAGAACCCGAUGUGACGUUUACAUACGGGUAUGAGAGGCUGGAGGUGCUUGCCGCGUUCACAAAUACUCUGUUCUUGCUUUUUCUUGCUUUCUCGUUGUGUGUGGAGGCGCUUCACGCAUUCAUCGAAGAUGAAAGUGAGCAUAAGCAUUACCUGAUUGCUUCGGCUGUCGCGAACCUCCUUGUUAAUCUCCUUGGGGUUCUGUUUUUCCGGGGCCACUCCCGGAUCAGCUUAGUUUACAGAUCUGCCCAGGAUAUGAAUCGCCAUUCCAUCUUUCUUCAUGUUCUAUCCGAUUCUAUACGCAGUGCUGGAGUGAUUCUUGCAAGCUGGCUUCUUGCAAUGGGGGUGGAGAAUGCAGAGACGAUCGUGUUAGGGCUCGUCGCCGGCAUAAUUCUUAUGAUCACCUUCCCCCUCUUCUGCGCUUCAGGAAACAUACUGCUCCAGUCACGGCCCCCAAGAGUUCAAGCCGGGGCUUUGGCCAAAGCCCUCCGAGAGGUGACUUCUUUUGACGGAGUUGUAGACUGUUUCGAGCACCAUUUCUGGUCUCUCGUUCCAGGCUAUGCAGUUGGCACCCUUGGACUUCAUGUCAAAGACGAUGCUGAUGAGCAGAGGGUACUGCAGCACACACACACUGUUUUUGCUUACCUUGGAGUCAACGAUCUGACAGUUCAAAUCGAGAAAAACAGAUGAUGAUGAUGAUGAUUCAGCAGUUUUCGAGUCUGUUGUCUGUAUUUUAGUUGGUGGUCUGCUGCCGUCCGAGAUCAAUUUCCUUAAGUUCCCUUUGCAUUCACCUUUUUUCAAUUUUGUUGUUGUUGUCGUUGUUGUUGUUGUUGUUGUUGUUGUUGUUGUUGGUUAUCAUUUGUGGUCAACCAUCUGGAAAUGCCUUUAAAUCUUAAAAAUAAUAAUAAAUCAUAAAUAAAAUU